CAGCCAUCCUCUCCCGCCGUGCUGCUGAGCCUGCGACGUGGAUGAAAAAUAAAAUCUCUCUCUUUGCUUCAACGGACGCAUAAUUUGGAAGGAAAAUAAGUGAAGCUCCAGGCCCAGUUUUGUCCCCCGUAACCUUGGCAGAACCAAUGAGGACCUGUUGUGAGUCCAAGAAGAGCAAAAGAUACUAACUAAUUUUGGUGUAGAACCUCAACCACCUGCCAACCUUGGGAACACCUUCUCUCACGACAAAUUUUUCAUAAAGGAUAUGCAGCAGACAAGAGAAAGGAGCACUUUUGUGUCUCAAUAAAGAUAGCCGAGGAGUGAGAGAAGGCAACGGAGAGAGGAAACAGAUUCUCCAUUAUUCCAAGGGUUCAUCCAUUUGUCAGUCACAGCGGAAGUCUAAGGAGAGACUAUGAAGACAAGCUGUGGCACCCCACAUUGCAGCCCAUCAAGAUAUGACAUAACAUGGGUCCACUGCUAAUCGCCAUGAUGGCCAUAAAGCUGUGACUGGCAUUGUAAAGCCUUCACCCCUUUUUCAGCACCCAACCCAGACCCUUCUCCUCUUUGGAAAUCUAUCCUAGCAACCUCUGUUGCUACCCUUUCUCCCCAAAACACAACCUCCAUUCCUUCCUCCCCCUACGUUUCUCUACUUAAUAAUUAUAGCUUCCCCUCUUUCUCAUUUCUUUUCAUCUGCAUCAUGCAGGGUGCUUCUACCACCUCCACUCUCCUUCUUCUUAUUCUUCCCUCCCUCCUAUUCUUCUCCCACUUUCCAAACAUGGUGAACGGGGACUGCUGGCUCAUUGAGGGAGACAAAGGCUAUGUAUGGCUGGCUAUCUGCAGUCAGAACCAGCCGCCGUACGAGACUAUCCCCCAGCACAUCAACAACACGGUCCAUGACUUGAGAUUGAAUGAGAACAAGCUGAAAGCUGUGCUCUUCAGCUCCAUGUACCGUUUCACCAACCUGACUGACCUCAACCUCACCAAGAAUGAAAUCAGCUAUAUUGAGGAUGGAGCAUUUGCAGGACAAGCCAACCUACAGGUUCUUCAGUUGGGCUACAACAAGUUGAUGAACUUAACUGAGGGUAUGAUGAGAGGGCUUGGCCGCAUGCAAUGCCUCUUCCUCCAGCACAAUCUCAUUGAGGUUAUUGCCAGCAAUGCAUUCUGGGAGUGUCCCAGCCUCAGCAGCAUUGACCUGUCAUCCAACAAACUUACCCGCAUUGACCCAUCCACAUUCACAGUCCUCAGUCGGCUGAUGGUGUGUGAACUGGCAGCAAAUCCAUUCCAUUGUGGCUGUGAUCUUUAUAGCUUCCUAACCUGGUUGGAGUCCUUCAACAAUGUAACACACACCUAUGACCGCCUCCAGUGUGAGACGCCCCGGGAGAUGUUUGGCUUCCCCUUACUUAUCGCCGCUGGCCAUGCUGGUCGGAAUGCCAAAAACAUUUUGUACCAUCACUGCCGAAAUGGAGUGAUGAUUCCAGGAAUGACCUCUCUCCCACCAGAUCUGGAUGGUCCUUCUGGGCUCGGACCAGAGAUGUUCGGUGGUGUGGGGCCGUACAACCAGCCUACCACCUCUUCCUCAUCUACUGAACACAGCUUCAUUCCCAGCAUCAAGCUCCAUCAUGUCUCCUUGUCAUCAGCCUCUCUGCUUGUGCAGAUUCCAAGGCCCUACAGCAAAAUGUAUAUUCUAACUCAGUACAACCACACAUACGUGUCUGACGUCAUGAAUUUGAAAAACAAGAAGGAGAUGAUCACCCUCAACAAGCUCAAGCCGCACACCAAUUACACUUUCUGUGUAGCAUCCAUCCGCAACUCUCAACGUUACAACCACACCUGCGUCCAGUUUUCUACUCGGGCUCAAAAUCAAGAUGACAUGCUCCCCACACCUUCCACCACUACUCACUACAUAAUGACCAUUGUGGGCUGCCUUUUUGGCAUGCUCAUUGUUUUAGGCCUCGUCUACUAUUGUCUGCGUAAGAAACGGAUGCAUGAUGAGAAGAAGAAGUCCAUCUGUGUCAAGAAAACUAUUCUGGAAAUGCGCUAUGGACCAGAGGUGGCAGCAGCAGUGGCAAAUGAUCCAUCGGCAGUCCACAAACUUCAGGAGCAGUCCAGAGAACAUCACCAGUAUCAGCACCACCAUGGAGGCAAACUUCCCAUGUCCACAUCCUCUAGCUCGGGAAUGCUCCACUCAGCCAACACCAGUUCCUCCAGACUUUCAUCUAUCCCGCAAGUGGAAAAGAUGGCCACUGCCUUUUCAGAGGCUAUGGCUACAAGUAAAGGAAAUUAUAUGGAUAUCAGAACUGGAGGGGCAGGGAUGGAGAGGAUGGGAGAUGGGGGGCAUGGAGGGAUGAGGGGGGGGGACUUGAGGGAUGAUGAUGGAACUGAUGUUGGGGAUGACUCAGAUGAUGACGGACAUGGUUCUGCAUCAGAGAUUUCCACCAUUGCCAUGGAGGUGGACAAGGUUAACCAGAUCAUUAACAACUGCAUUGAUGCAUUGAAACUGGAUGCAGCAGCAGUUGCUGCUUCAGGGGCUUCUACUAACCCCACAGCCUCCUCCAAUCCCACCUCACCUCCCCCCACCAGCACAUCCUCCCUUACUCGUGGCCUAAUCCCACUCUCCCAAGGGGUGACAGACACAUGCCAUGUCAUUGCUACCAACAAAAUACCCCCUCCGCCUCCACUCCCUGCCUUGAAUGCCCCUCUCUCUGAGCGACCAGGAAUCAGUGGUGGUGGUUUUGUUGUCACUCCCCCCUACAGGCCCCCUCCACCAGCCACUGCUGUACGUCCCAUUCAGCGGCAAAUGAGUGCAGAUGCAGCUGUGGUUAUUGUAAAUGCUGUCAAGAAACAGUGCAGCACCACCUCUUGUGGCUCCAUGGGUCGGGACAGGGAACGUGGAGGAGCAAGGGUGUAUAGCCUGGAUGUUCCUGAGCCAAGGAGCCCGGAUGCCUGUAAUCAACAACAGCAGCAGUACCCAGACCGGGCCAGUCCCGUGGGCUGUGGGGAGCCCCUGGAGAGGCUACCUUUAGUGGGGAGUGGGAGCUGCGGUGGAGGGGGUGGUGGUGGUUGCGACAGUGGUGGUGUUGGUGCCCAACAUCAGGACAGCCAGAAGCCACACCAUUACCAUCAACAGCAACAAAUACAACAACAACAACAGCAGCAGCUGGAGGUGCAACAGGACUACCACUGCUCGGAGCACCGCCACUCUGUCCCAGCUCUCUACUAUGAAGGCUCCCACCAGGGCUCCCCAGCCCAGAGGGUUUCCUUCCUAAAGCCCUUGACACGCUCCCGCAGGGAUGCAGCGUCUUACUCCCAGCUUUCUCCUGCCCGCCACCAUUCCAGCUACUCUGGCUACUCCUCCAGCCCAGAGUACUCCUCAGAGAGCUCACUGCGGAUCUGGGAGCGCUUUCGUCCCUACCGGAAAGGCCAGCGGGAUGAGGCCUGUUAUGUGACGGCUGGAAAUGCCCUUCGAAAAAAGGUGCAGUUCGCUAAAGGCGAGGACCUGCAUGAUAUCCUUGAUUAUUGGAAGGGUGUGUCAGCACAGCAGAAGCUGUGACUGGGGGACCAGAGAUAAGCAUUGACAGAAAAAGAGUUUCGAUACUUCUUUCCCUGAUAGGCCUGUGGGCCAGAGAAAAAUGGGGAAAAUGUAGAAUGAAACUUUGCCUUUGGGUUAUUUUUGGCAUGCUAGGUGUAUAGAAUAUUGUUCUAAAAGCAAGGACUUUGAAACUGUGCCUGGGAUAUGUGAGUUUUAUUUUAGUUUUAUUUUACACUUCAUUGUAGCACCAUUUCUGGAUCAUUCUCAUUUAGUGUUUGUGGGUUUUAUUCAUAGCACAGGGAGCAAAUGCCAACUGUGUAAUUUAGUACUCUUUGAGUGAUCACAUUUUGUGAUCAUAUGGAACAUCUUUAUCAGUGCCAUGUUUUCAUCUAUGGGUAAUCACAGAAGGUAACUGUUGAUGCCCUUCAUUUUAAGCUUGUGUGAUCCAAAAUGUUAUUUCCUGUUUUGUAUUGGGUGCUGUAUCAAUUUGCAGUGUGCACUUGGAUGAUGGGGGUUGGAUCUGUGCUCUAUUACAAGUGACAACAUGUUGAUUAGAGAACAGAGUUGUCAAAUGCAGGCCCUAUCUCUCUUCCACGAGAUACUUCAUGCGGCUGAGGUAUUUGCAUUUCAAUAGCAUCUAUCACACAGAAAUAAAGGAUAUAUUGGAAAGAAAUGAACAAAUAAACAAAGAGAAAACAGUCAAGUGGGCUUGAAGGUCUUGCAGCAUAAGGAAAUCAUGAGAACCUUAGCAUAAAACAGUGCUGUGAUUGCACCGCAGUGUUCAAUACAUCUUUCCAACUAACACUCGCAUGGCUCAAUGGGUGAUGUACAGAAUGUUGCCCCACAGCUGUCCAAAACUGUACAGCAUUUGCCCAUGUAAUGAUCAGAAUUGUGAGCGUAAUUUGAACAGAGGUGUAAAGCGUACUGAACUGAACAGUUAGCUUCUGGCAAACCAGAAAGUAAGUCUGGUUGGCCAGUUUUUGAUGCAAUGCAUUUGAUUGGUGUCUGGUCAAAGUCAAUUUUUUUCCCCCGUUGAUCUUCUUAAAGAUAAAUUUAAUAUUUUACUCAGUAAUGGAUGGAUGUACAAAUGUAGCGAACUACUUUACUUAAUUUAAAAUACACUUAGCUAAAAGUAAAAUUUCAUUCAAACAUUGAAAAAGUACACGUAUAUGUAAUUUGUUACUUCCAUCUCUGAAUUUGAAGGAGUACUGAGGGCAAAAUAAUGUUCCCUUAAUGAAGGUAAUUAGAUGCUACUUACCUUUACAAUAGGGAAAUUUAACUAAUAGACAGAUGAGCUCACACAAUCCCCUUACAAAAAGGCAUGAGAGAUGUGAACCAUAUGUGACAGGGACCAAGAGAAAUUGUUAGCGAGAGGCUGUAUAAAAGAAAAAAGGGAAGACAAGCAAGGAUAUAAAAAAUUUACUGCAGCCACUGUGAAUGUAAGUAGAUUACAAACAUGUUAUGGGGAAAUCUAUUUGCAUCAUUGAGCACCACAGUACAUUCCAAAUCCUUUCUCUAACAUGAAAACUGAAUGAGGCACAGAGGGAAAGGACACUUCUAAUUACUGCCAACUUGUCUGUUCUGUUCUGGAAAUUAAUACUAUUGUUGUCCGUUGAUAACUUUUUGAGCCAACUUGUGACAGGCAUGUUCGCUUGCACUUUACGCCUCAUGACUGUGUGUGUGGCUGUGUGGUAUACAGUGGUUAGUGUAAGUGGGUGUUGGCAUGCCUUGUCAGAUUAUAUUGUAUAUGCCCAAACUGACUUAAAUUAAAAGUUGUCAAUAUCUUUCCCAGUGGUUGGAUGUCUAAACAUUUCUAGAUUAUUAAUGGCAUGGACAAAUGUACAAAUAUCAACAAUGGUCAUUGUGUUUUCCCAGACAUACAUCACAUGACCGUGAUGCUCAGAUAUACCACAGUAGCGCAGUGCCUCUUGCUAACAUAGUCAUAAUCUAAUCUCCAUUCAUGAAAAGUAUUAUCCAUCCACCUGGCCUUUUCUAUUGAAAUGAUUGAAUUAUGAUUUUCCUAAAUGAGUGUCCUUGCCUGGCAUUCUGACAAAAGGCAUCCUUCUUACCCAAAGUGCUGUGUAGCUGUUGAAUUUUCGCAUCAUCAGCUAACAUACACAAUCUGAGACAUCCUACCCUAAAAAUGUGAAAACUGAAUCAGUGGUCCUUGCUCCACAUUUUUGUUCUGAGCUAUAUUCAAGAGAAAAUAAGUUAUAGUGACAUGUUUAAUUUCAGGAAAUUUUUUUAUCUCUCUUGAUGCUCACUUACUUGUGGAUGAUGUUAUUUGGCCCACCUCCAACCACCUUCCCUGCUCCCACAGGUUCAAUGGGAUAUGGGUUUGGCAUGAGCAGGGCACUGAAUGUGACCUGUUCCAUUUCAUUAAAUGAGAAAAGUCAGACAUUGCCUUUAUUGCAGGCAGGACUUGGGUCUGCACAGCACAUAUCAACACUGCUUUUCUUUUUUUUUUUGAGCAGUUGAUUUUUAGCAUGCGCUUGACUCCUCCGAAUAAAUGCAGGUUGAACAGGAAUGAGAAUUCAAAUGUGAAACAAUGGUGUGUAAUGUUAUCUCCAUAUUGAUCUAUGUAUUUCUUCUUCCUCCCUCUUUGUUUUCAUAAAACAUCUAUCUCUUUUUACUUGUUUUAUUAAAAGGUGUGCAUACAGUCAGGGUCAGAGGUCAUAAACCUUGGAGUCAGUGUUCUGCUGUGAGUGUUUACAAUUGAAUGGACCACAUGAGCUCAAGAGCUUCACUUUCAUCUUUUAGUAAUAACGUGUCUGGGAUGCACCACCCCAUCAGCCUUCUUUAUAUGAUAAAGCACCAUGUGAUGAACAUGCAGUCUUGGAAAUGUUUAGUCUCCUGCUGAUGUCCUAUAAUCUGAGAUAACAAAGUUUCCAAAGGAACUUGUUACUGUGAUUGACUCAGACUUUCACCAAAUCAGAGGAAAGGAAUUUCUUUGCUGGUACGUUCUAAGAGUACCUAAUCCCACAGAGGGAACUUGGUGUGUUUAACUCCCCAGAUCCUCAACUGCCAUAACAAGUUUACAGAAAUGGACACUGAGUAACUGCAAAUUCAAAAUGUUCAGUAAUGUCAGGAUCAUUUCAGCUGUCAUUUAUGUUCAUCUACCUGACAAAAUGUAAUGUGACAGAAAAUCCUGAUUAUUACUGUUUUCAUGGAUGACUUUUCAUUUAAUACAUUUUCUAUUUUAAUUAACAUAUUUAACACACUAAUGUAUUUUUCAGGAAAUAGAUUGUCAGGGGACAGAUGUACGUUCAAGUGCUCUUCUGCUCAUGUUUGAAUGAAUCUCUAUGAUGAAGCAGCAUUAACGGCCCAACAGAGAACAUUUUCAGUGUUUGUGUGCCAAUCUUUCUAAUGAUGUAUAAACAGUGUUUGCACCGUAGCUCAAAUAAGUGCUAUUGCUGUAGUUGGAGGGGAUAUUGUGUUUCUCAUCAUUAAUAAUUACUUGAAAACCUGCUGCCUAAAUAGCCACAAGAGAGUCAUGCAAAAUGGAAGUGAAGACUAGUUUACACAAAAUUCAAAUUUGACGGGCGAUACUGUCAAAGCAAUUUUCAAAUAGCAGUAAAAAUAGGUACAAAUAUUAACAAAAGAGGCUGAAAAACUUUUUUUUUCAAAGUGGUCAGUGCUGCACUACCAAAUAAACUUCUGCUGUUAAUUAUUACUUGCUCCCCUCAAGCAAAGCAUUUAUUGGUGGUUUAGACCAAACAGUUGUGUUAAUUGGUCUUGGAGCUUUAGGGGCAAUUAAUAAAGUUUUAUUUUUCUGUUGUAGUUAUCGGACAGUCAGUUUAUAUCUUGGUAAUCACCAGCUCAAUAAUUUAUCAGCUGAAUUACUAAAAACUCAAGCAGAACCACAAAACAUUAGCAAUGUCAUCAUACCUGUUUUUUGUCCCACAAAGCCAGCAUCAAACAAAAACCCCUUCUCUUCCUUCUCAGCGCAUAUCCUUGCUGAACCCCUAGAGGGUGGCUCACUCAGAGAUCAAUGGUCCUUUUUGUAGCACCGUCCUUGUUGUUUGUCUCAGAGCCACAGGAAAGCCAGACGUGAGAAAGCCAUCUAAUGUGCUAUUAAUGUUUAAUCCUUUUGUGGGAGGCUGGCUCAAGGUUACUUCCCCUAUCUCAGUAUACCACCAGAAAAUCACAGAUGCUUUUUUAGUUUCUGACAUGUUAAUCCUUUGAUGCUCUCUUAUAUUUAAAGUCUGGCCCAAUUAAACUAAACUCUAGUUUCUUAAAUAAUGAAUCAGAGCCCAAAAUGCGGUGUGGAUUUAUGUCUAAUCAGUUUCUAAAUUACUAAAGGAGUUAAAUGCUUCCAUUAGUAAAGACCACAGUAAAAGGUUUCAGUCUUCCCAUGACACAGUGCACUUUUUACCCGUGUGAUCCAUGCUUGAAACCCUCUCAGUCAAAGUAACACAUUGCUUCAAUGAGCGGUCAUCAUCAUUUGAGGGUAAUCUGUGGAUGCUAUACUUCAUUUAAUGGAUCAUCUUCUUACAAUGAAGAAGAAAAAUGUACACAAAUCUGUAGAUUUAAAACCGAUAAUCUGUGUAUGCCCAAAACAAUGCCCAGCGUCACAGCAGUAUGUUUAAAUACACACAGGCAUCCAUUGUAUAUUAUGAGCUAUAAUAGUUAUUGACUGAUGACACAGGACCAGUCCUAUCAUUGAGCAUAUUACAAUGCACAUUACUGUCAUUCCGACAUUACAGAAAAAUGUGGGUGAUGAUAACCUAUUAACUAAGAGCGAAGUGGUAUCAAGACCUAGAGAGAAGCAACAGGAGAAUGAUAUAGGUAGAAAGAGAGAUUUGUAAUGUAGAGUAAAUAAAAGAAAUGAGUCAUGACCAGGAAAAAAGACACAUGGUGAAUAACCCAUGCCGACUUGUUCACACCAACAGCAAACUUGUUUUUUUCAGGCUGUUGAUUACGUGGCAUAUUAGAGUGAUUUUUAAACAUUUUUCUCCCUCUACUCCCUUCAACUCCCCAACACAUGCACACACACACACACACACACACACCAAGAGUAGAUGGCAUAAAUGGAACAUAAAAAAAUUAGUCAGAAUGACUCACAGUCUGACUAAACUAAAAUUACUCUUUUCCUGUAAGGCAGGUAAUGGGCAAGGUCUUCAAAGUGAAUGGAGCAAUAAGAGGGAUUUCAGCUGAAUGCAGGCAGACAUCUGGGAUAAAAGAUGUGGAAGCAUGGCUACACUAAAACGCGCACACACACACACACGUGCAGGCACAACAGAAGCAUAUUGUGGGAACAAUUCUUACAAAACAUUCAGAAACUUCAGCAUUUCUCACGACUGAAAGCAACCCUCCUUUAAAGACUUAAGAAGGACAGCUUCAUUCACACUUAAUUUUAAGGCAGGUAGGUAUUAGCACUGACAGUGGGUACUAAUCCUUUUAUUUGGUAUCUUUAGACCUUUUGUCUAAUAGUCUAUUAAGUCAAUUAGCUUACUGUGUGGGAGAUUAGCCUGUGUGGAUAAUGUGCCAAAUUUGAGAAAUGGGAAACUAUACUGUGUGUCUACUCAUGAUAGCCACAGAAGAAGGGCUUAUGUGAUAAAAAUUAAAUGCAUGCCAUUUUUAAUGUUGCUCUUAAAUGUGAAUUUGUAUUUAUCUAAAGAAUGAAAAAGGAAGUCAGUUGAGACAAAUGAAAUAUGUCUUGGCGUGACGGAUUUCUUGGUCACUCUUCACACUUUACGAGGCAGCUCUGAUGGGCUGAGCACUGCCAACGCUGCCUUCUCAACUGCCAAGCACUCUAAAAAAAAGAGUUUAAAACAAUCUCAAAAUUAAUAGCCUUGUUUGUUUAUGCUGAAAGCAUUCACUGACAACUAAAAGUCUUCAUCAGAAUGUAGCAGACUAGAAAUGUCUAAUAUCUAACUGAACAAUCAUGCUGGUAAAAUAAAUAAAGCUAUGCCUGUGAGCUAUUCUAAGCUCAAAAACAUUCAUGUAGUCUGCACAGGGAUGGAUUUUGAAUUUCAUUGUCAGCUUUUAUGAGAUGGAAAAGCAUUUAAGGUAGAGAAACCUCUGGUAAUUCUAUAUAAUUGAUUUUCUGAGCAGAAGAGCAUUUGAAAAUCCUGUAAGUAAGCCAAAUUGGGCUAAGGUUCGCCACCUGAUUGGACCCUGUAUUUCAUGACAACACGUUUUACACACACAAAUGUUUAUUUACACUGACACAAUAUGCAUUAACUCUGCAAGGUUUAGUUUCCAAAGAUGGACAAAGGACUUAAAUAAUCUGUGAAAUAUCUGUGAAUUUUGUACACUAUAUAAAAGAAAAAAAAACGCUAAGGUUAAAAAUGCUUCUAUGGAUGUUUUAUACUCAGCCUGAUCUCUUGAUAUGUUUGUGUGUUUCUUUCUUUUUUUUUGGGGGGGGGGUUAUUGGGAUCCAAGGGAUUGACUUUUAUUACUUGCAAUGAUAUAUGUUAUAAAGGUUUAAGAACAGAGAAAGCUUAACAUAGUGUACUACAUAAAAGAAAAGUUGUUAUAUUUGCAUGAUUCCCUGUAUUUUUUGAGAGACAAAAAUAUAUUGUUGUGUACAAUGAGUGGACGUACAUUGAAAACAAAAACUGUAGGGGCUGAAAUACAGUAUUGUCAAGUACCUUUGAUUUGAACAUUUAGGUUUUAGCUGUUUUUUAUUCUCUGUGACGUUUUAUAUUACAUUCCUACCUAUUGGUUUUCAUUUGGGUGAUUGUAUUGUAUACUGACACUGCAGUUACCAUUGCUACUCUGUUAGCCACAGGCUGGUGGAGUAUGCAGUGCAAAGAGGGGGUAAAAAUGUUUGAGGCUGGUGGGUGUUUACAUCCAUUAAGUUACGAGAAACUGCACUCUAUUCUUCUCCAUUACAAAGAUUAUUCUCCAUGGCAGACAUGCAGAGCUAUCUUCUUUGGCUUGAGGCCGGCCCUGUCACAGUUUGUGGUUGUAUUUUCUCUUAACUUAGCUGUCUCCUUUAUGGAAAAAAAUCAGUACAUGUUUUUCCAGUUAAGGGACAUAAUAUAUGAGAAUACAUGUUCAAAGAAGAGUGUGCUGAAGUGAUGCAAUUACACACAGAUUGUCUAAUGGUCUUAACCUAAUCCCAAUCCAUCAAUUAGAAGUCACUGGCAAAUCAAUGCAGCAUCAGCAGCUUCUCCCUCAGCCUUAGCCAACUAGUUAAUUGAAUUCGCCUUAUAUCCAUGUAUUUUAUUUAUACACUCUUUUACAUGCUUUUUGUGUACACAGAAAAGACUGUAUGUUGACUUGAGACAAAAAGAAUUGAUAGGUACCACUAUAUGAGCUAAAGCUAUAUCUUACCCCAAAAACUGAGGUUCUUAUAAUUAUAAGAAAGUCAACAGAUGAACAUUUAUAUUCCACAGCACUCAAAAACAUCUAAUAUUCAUCUGUUUUAGAGCCUUUAAAGGGGGCAUGAGGCAUAAAGGUGUGUUGAGUACAUUUCAUUUAGCACCCAUCCAAUAAUGUGUUAGUAACACGUACUGCAGCUCUGCUGAUCUAUUAGUUAUUGCAUUAGGGUCCAUGCAAUGACAGCAAACUAUGAGUCAUAGCCAUCUUUACAUUCUGCAGUGAUACUAUAAGACUCGCCAACUGAGAUAUAUAGCCUGUUUUGUGGCGGAGCCUUUGCCAAAACCUUAAGAGGCCUCCUCGUGUCAGUUACAAAGAGAAAAUUAAAUGCAUUAACCUCUGGGCAAAGUCUGGUCCUCAGCUGGUCAACAUGGCCAUGAUAUAUUACAUUAUUAGCAUGUUUGUAGAGUUAUGUUUUAAUUGGGUAAAAUUGCACUGUAGUCUGAUAAGGAUAUUGUUGUUUAUUAGUACUGGAGGCUAAUCUGUAACUCAGAGCUCUCAUUUCUCUAAACCCCAGAUGUCAAAAGGUCCCAUUGCAGUGAGAGCAGAUGCUGUCCAGUGUCAGAACCCAUCAUUCUGAUCCAUGUUCAUGUUUUCUACACUCACAGAUAGCAGAGGCUGGGCAUCCAUUGCCAUUCCGAACACACAAUCCAGUGCUGUGGUACUCCCAAAGGCAGAAUGAUUGGCCUUGUCAGUGCCAGAGAUUGAAAACUCAGAGACUACCGAAAAUGGUUGUCAGUCCACAGAGAGAAGGCAGGGAAGAGGGGCCAUCCUCGACUCAGGAAAUUCUGUGGAUUGAUUUGUUCAAAAGCUAAUAGUGUUUUGGCCUUGCAGCAACAUUUAACGUUUAUUUACACAUGAUGCAGAGACAUGUACUAUUAAAUAAACAUGAUGAUGACAAUUAUUCAGGAAGGAUUAGGGAUAUCAUAACCUACUCAGUCAGUAAUCAGUGAUUUGAGCUCUAAUUCCUUUGAGUUUAGGGAUACAACUUUCCACAUGCCACUGCACAAUGUCACACACCAAAAAGCUACAGGACACAUUUGAGAAAAGUACAGUGCAGAUGAAGAAUAUACAAUGUGUUUCAGUGGUUGAACCAUUGCAUUCCUUUUGCUUCAGUGACACAUUUUAGUGACAUGUUCAUUUCCCUUUGCAAAAGCAUUCACAAGUAACUGAGAUUAGAGGCAUUUCACUGUCUUACCAAUUGAAAAUAGGUAUAAAUAGUAUGAAUAGCCCCUUAAAAAUAACAGUAUUUCUAUGAUCCUACCCUAUUCAACUGAAGUGUUAAAGUAUAACCACCAUCUGUCCCUAAGGCCAAGGGCCAAAGCAAAUUCUCACAUCAAUAUCAUAUGAUUUUAGUUCCUAUUUGGCCAUGUAUGUAACAUUUGUGUCAAAAUAUGGCUCUUGCCAGGUUAACAGUAUCAGGUGGUCUUUUAGUCUUAAAAGGCAAGAGCUAAAAAAGGACCAUCACUGUAUGAAAUUAAAAGUCCCAUGGUCAUAUUCUAUUCAAAUCUUAUGUGACUCUCCCUUCUGGUUUCAGCUCUACAUUUGGUAAUGUUUAGAGACCAAAAGGGAAAGACAAAAUGAAGGUUUGGAUGAUGGGAACAAUUCUUGGCUUUUUUCUUUCUUUCAUUAUUUGUUGCUGAUAUUGACAUUUUUUCCCUUUGCGAUUUCUGUACAAAAGAUCUAUUUCUAUAUUUGCAAUAAAUUUGUAAUUAAACAUUAAA